UGCUAUCUAAGAUCUUGGAGCGCUUUUAUGGUCUACAUCUACUUGGUUACCUUCAAGAACACAACUUGCUCACCAGUUCUCAAUUUGGAUCACGACCUUUCCACUCUUGUGAAACAAUGUUACUCCAACUUACAGACUCGCUACUUAAUGAUAUGGACAAAGGAAAUCUCAGCGGAAUUCUCCUUAUAGACUUCCGGAAAGCGUUCGACCUUAUAAGCCAUGACCUCCUACUACAGAAACUUGCCAUUUAUGGUAUUAAAAAUUCAACACUCCAGUGGUUCAAGUCUUAUCUCACGGAACGAAAGCAAUUAGUGUCCAUCGGACGUGCAACUUCAGAUCUCCUACCAGUACAUACCGGUGUUCCACAAAGUUCAUCACUUGGACCACUUCUCUUCAUUUUAUUCAUCAACGACAUAUACCAUUUGUUAACAAAAAAUGCAAUUCCUACUCUUAUGUGGAUGACACCACCAGUACCUUGGUCAAGUCAGGGACACUGA